AUGGAGUACAACUCCUUCCGUGGCAAUGCUGCCCCUGGCGGCGGGAACUUUGCCAUGCAGCCCUCUCAGAUGCCCAGCUUCUACUUCGACACAACCCCAAGCGGCACAUCACAGUUCCAUUCUGGUCCCUCCGUUCCUGUGCCCACAGCACCUCAUGGUAGUAUGCAGACGAACCAGCCCGUAUCGAUCCCAACAGGCCCUGCGGCGAUGACGAGGUUACCUCCACCGAACGCCCCUACCGAGCCAAAAGGCAAGCUCAACAAGAAAGCCAAGGCUCGGGGCGAGAAAGGGACCAAGCGCAAGAUCAAGAACAACGGCGGCCCAACAGAGGAACGCGACAAGGUCGUCGCUCCGAGCGCCGCUUCAGGCGGCAUCCCCAACCCGACACCAGCCUACCUCACGCAGGCCGAGAAGCCUCCGACGACGCUCGCGCGGCCCCGCGCCAUCCUCGUCGUGCUCGACCUCAACGGCACGCUCCUCCACCGGCCCGACCGGCGCAGAUCCCACAACUUCAUCGAGCGGCCAUACGCCAAGCGCUUCAUGCACUACUGCAUCGACACGCUCCACGUCGCCGUGUGGUCGUCGGCGCGGCCCGAAAACGUCGCCAAGAUGGUGGCCCAGCUCGCCGAGGGCGGCGGCGACGUCGCGCCCGCCGCGUACGCCAGCCGCCUCGUCGCCGCCUGGGGCCGCGACAAGUUCGACCUGACGCCCGCCGACUACGUCAAGCGCGUCCAGUGCUACAAGCGCCUGCAGCGCAUCUGGGCCGACGCCGCCGUCCAGGCCUCCCACCCGGACGGCCUGCGCUGGGACCAGACCAACACGGUCCUCGUCGACGACUCGCUCGAGAAGGCCCGCAGCGAGCCCUUCAACCUGCUGCGCAUCCCCGAGUUUUUCGGCGACGCCAACGAGGCCACCGACGUGCUGCCCCAGGUCCACGACUACAUCAACGCGCUCUGCUACCAGGGCGACAUCAGCCAGUACAUGCGUCUCCAUCCCUUUGGCCUGCGGGACGACUACACGCUCGAGCGUCCGCCUUCGGCGUAG